AUGACGACCCUCGCCUCUCUCAUCUCAACGCUCACGCUCACAUCCCCCAGAGACGCAGACGCAGACGCAGAAGCAGAGCCAAAAAAGCCAACACCCCUCUACACCCCCGCCUCCGUCCCGCGCAUCAAGAACGCAAAGCGGCUGACCACCACCCGCCGGAAACAGCUUCUCCGGGCCGCGGAGCGAGAAUAUGAUGACCCGCCGCCGCCGCCGGGGCUGGGCGAGUGCUGUGGGAGCUCGUGUGAUCCGUGCGUGAAUGAUCUGUGGCGGGAGGAGUUGGCGUGUUGGAGGGAGAGGUGGGGGGAUGGUGCUGUUGAGAAGAAAGGGGAUGCAAGUACGGAGGGGAAUGGUGAUCAAGGGUGUCGGCAGCGGAUGCCGGGGAGCUUUGACUGGUGA